CUAAUGGCAGAGCGUGAGGCGUCGCCGUUACCACUGGACGUUCGCGCCCGGCUGGCGGAGUUGGAGCUCGAGCUGUCAGAGGGUGACAUCACACAGAAGGGUUAUGAGAAGAAGCGGUCUAAGCUGAUCAGGGCGUACAUUCCUCAUCCUGGAGGUAUGGAGGGUAUGUCCCACCGCCCCUUCUUCGCCCCCCUGUCUGCCGCUCGCUUCCACAGACGGCGUUCUUCUGGAACACGCGAUGAACGCUAUCGUUCAGACGUCCACAGUGAGGCGGUGCAGGCAGUGUUAGCCAGACAUGUGGAGAGCAAGGUGGCAGUGCCCAUGCCCUCCAAACGACGAUCGCUGGUGGUACAGACAUCCAUGGACGCCUACACACCCCCAGCAAGCUGGCCUUUAACAUCCUCCACAAGCUGGGCAGCAAGCAGGAGCCCAUGGUGCGACCGGGGGACAGGGUGGCGCUAGUGUUUCCUAACAAUGACCCAGUGGCCUUCAUGGUGGCCUUCUAUGGCUGCCUGCUGGCUGAGGUGGUCCCUGUGCCCAUAGAGGUGCCCCUCACACGCAAGGAUGCUGGCAGCCAGCAGAUCGGCUUCCUAUUGGGUAGCUGUGGGGUUACCGUGGCGCUGACCAGUGAUGCCUGCCAUAAAGGCCUGCCCAAGAGUGCUACAGGAGAGAUACCACAGUUCAGAGGAUGGCCUAAGCUGCUGUGGUUUGUGACUGAGUCAAAGCAUCUCUCCAAGCCUCCCAGAGACUGGUUCCCUCACAUCAAAGAUGCAAACAACGACACAGCAUAUAUAGAGUACAAGACCUGUAAGGAUGGGAGUGUGCUGGGAGUCACGGUGAUGAGGAUCGCUCUGCUGACUCACUGCCAAGCCCUCACACAGUCCUGUGGCUACACAGAAGCGGAGACCAUAGUGAAUGUUCUCGACUUUAAGAAGGACGUGGGACUGUGGCACGGCAUCCUCACGAGCGUGAUGAAUAUGAUGCAUGUGAUCAGCGUUCCCUACUCUCUGAUGAAGGUCAACCCGUUGUCCUGGAUACAAAAGGUCUAUCACUUUAAAGCCAAGGUAGCGUGUGUAAAGUCCAGGGACAUGCACUGGGCUCUGGUGGCCCACAGAGAGCAGAAGGACAUCAGCCUGAGUUCCCUCCGUAUGCUGCUGGUCGCCGAUGGAUCGAACCCUUGGUCUAUCUCGUCCUGUGAUGCGUUCCUCAAUGUGUUCCAGAGUAAAGGCUUAAGGUCAGAGGUCAUCUGUCCCUGUGCCAGCUCCCCCGAGGCACUGACUGUUGCCAUCAGAAGGCCAGUGGAGGACAGUAGCCAGCCACCAGGACGAGGUGUUCUCUCCAUGCAGGGUCUGAGUUACAGUGUGGUCCGCGUCGACACCGAGGAACGCCUGUCAGUCCUCACUGUGCAGGAUGUGGGCACUGUCAUGCCUGGAGCCCUGGUGUGUGUGGUGAAGCCAGACGGUGUGCCUCUCCUGUGUAAGACAGAUGAGAUCGGGGAGCUGUGUGUGUGUUCCGUUGCCACGGGAACAUCCUACUACGGACUGACAGGCAUGACCAAGAACACCUUUGAGGUGUUCCCUGUAGCAUCCGGUGGAGGCCUGGUCAGUGAGUAUGCGUUUGUCCGUACGGGGCUGCUGGGCUUCGUGGGGCCAGGUGGUCUGGUGUUUAUCUCCGGCAAGAUGGACGGCCUCAUUGUGGUCAGCGGACGCAGACAUAACGCUGAUGACAUCAUAGCCACCGCACUGGCCGUGGAGCCAAUGAAAUUCAUCUACAGAGGGAGGAUAGCAGUGUUCAGUGUGACCGUGCUGCGUGAUGAGCGUAUCGUGGUGGUAGCAGAGCAGAGACCAGACUCUACUGAGGAGGACAGCUUCCAGUGGAUGAGCCGUGUGCUGCAGGCGAUAGACAGUAUCCAUGGUGUGGGUGUGUUCUGCCUGGGGUUAGUUCCAGCCAACAGCCUCCCUAAGACCCCCCUGGGGGGUCUACACCUGUCUGAGACCAAACAGCUGUACCUGGAGGGGGGGCUGCACCCCUGUAAUGUCCUCAUGUGUCCUCACACCUGUGUUACCAACCUGCCCAAACCACGACAGAAACAACCAGAGAUUGGUCCUGCAUCUGUGAUGGUGGGGAACCUGGUGUCUGGGAAGAGGAUCGCUAUGGCCAGUGGCAGAGACCUUGGACAAACUGAUGACAAUGACCAGUUCCUGUUCCUGUCAGAGGUUCUGCAGUGGAGAUCUCAGACUACGCCUGAACACAUCCUCUACACACUGCUUAGCUCCCGGGGAGCGGUGUCUAGUUCUCUGACGUGUCUUCAGCUCCAUAAGAGGGCAGAGAGAGUUGCUGCUCUGCUGCUGGAGAGAGGAGGACUACAGGAGGGAGACCACAUAGCACUUGUCUACCCACCAGGUAUAGAUCUGAUUGCAGCGUUCUACGGUUGUCUGUAUGCUGGCUGUGUUCCUAUCACGGUCCGACCGCCCCACCCACAGAACAUCUCAACCACACUGCCCACGGUCAAGAUGAUCGUAGAGGUCAGUCGUUCGGCCUGUGUGAUGACCACAGCGGUCAUCUGUAAGCUGCUGCGGUCCAAGGAGGCAGUCGCCACAGUUGACAUCAGGAACUGGCCUCCCGUCCUGGACACAGAUGACCUGCCAAAGAAGAAGUCUCCAGCGCUGUAUAAGCCCUGUAACCCUGAUGCCUUGGCCUACCUGGACUUCAGUGUGUCCACUACUGGCAUGCUGGCUGGAGUACAGGUGUCCCAUAAUGCAGUGGGAGCGUUCUGUCGGUCAGUGAAGCUGCAGUGUGAACUGUAUCCCUCCAGAGAGGUAGCGAUCUGUCUCGACCCCUACUGUGGCCUGGGCUUCGUCCUCUGGUGUCUCUGCAGUGUGUACAGUGGCCACCAGUCGAUCCUGAUCCCUCCAGUAGAGUUGGAGUCUAACCCAGCCCUGUGGCUGCUCGCUGUCAGCCAGCUCCGAGUCAGAGACACCUUCUGUUCCUACAGCGUCAUGGAGCUCUGCACUAAAGGACUGGGCCUGCAGACAGAUGCACUGAAGGCGCGGGGCCUGGACCUGUCCCGUGUGAGGGCGUGUGUUGUGGUAGCAGAGGAGAGACCCAGGAUGUCUCUAACACACUCCUUCUCCAAGCUGUUUAAAGACCUGGGCCUGCACCCCCGAUCUGUCAGCACAGCAUUCGGCUGUAGGGUCAACCUGGCUAUCUGUCUGCAGGGCACCUCCGGACCAGACCCUACUACAGUUUACGUGGACAUGAGAGCUCUGCGACAUGAUAGGGUUCGGUUGGUGGAGAGAGGUUCUCCUCACAGUCUCCCUCUCAUGGAGUCAGGAAAGAUCCUACCUGGUGUCCGCAUCAUCAUCGCCAACCCAGAGACUAAGGGACCCCUGGGAGACUCCCACCUAGGAGAGAUCUGGGUGCACAGUGCCCAUAAUGGCAGUGGAUAUUACAGUGGUUAUGGAGAGGAGGUCCUUCAGUCUGAUCACUUCACCUCCAGACUCAGCUUCGGAGACACAUCCACCGUCUGGGCUCGCACCGGAUACCUGGGCUUCUUACGACGUACUGAACUCACUGAUGCCAGCGGAGAGAGACAUGAUGCGCUGUAUGUGGUGGGCGCGUUGGAGGAGGCCAUGGAGCUGAGGGGGAUGAGGUAUCAUCCUAUAGACAUCGAGACCUCCGUCAUCAGGACGCACCAGAGCAUCAUGGAAUGUGCGGUGUUUCCCUGGACUAACCUGCUGGUAGUUGUGGUGGAACUAGAAGGCUCGGAGCAGGAAGCCCUGGACCUGGUUCCCAUGGUGACCAAGGCAGUGCUGGAAGAGCAUUACCUCAUCGUUGGUGUCGUCGUAGUAACGGACAUCGGGGUGAUCCCCAUCAACUCUCGCGGGGAGAAGCAGCGCAUGCACCUCCGAGAUGGCUUCCUACAGGACCAGCUCGACCCCAUCUACGUGGCUUAUAACAUGUAACCCAGCCGCCCCAUCCGGGGGGGAGUGGGGGUGUGGGUGGAUGUAAGAGAGGGGGAUGUGUGUGUUAGCAUGUGUGUGUAUGCGUACGUGCGUGUAUAUCGCUGGUGUUGUUCAUUUCAAAUCAAGACGUACUGUAUUUUUGAAUCUGCACAUGGUCAUAUGGUGUGGUGCCAGUUGUCUGAUCCUUUAGUUGUGCUGUGGUGGAGGUAUGGCUGUUUCUACACCCCCGGUUAAACCUGACACCUAGACAGGAAGUCGCUGUACAAAGCCUUAGAGGAACACUGUGUACUGACUACACCACUGGUUGUUAGGAGAGAGAGAAAAUAUCUCUGAACAUAUCUGUUAUCUUAAUGAAAUAGACAUGAAAAAUUAAGUUAUUAAAGUAUAUUGUCAGAAAAAGACAGGGGGUUCAGAUUAGUGUAUAAAUAUAAAUAUUGUACAUAAACAAAAUUAUCUAUACGGCGAGAACUGAAACACACUGAGGGCCUGUUAUACAGCUUUCUCCACCUGCGGUGUGUGUGUGUGUGUGUGCGUGCGUGCGUGCGCGUGAAUGAAUGUGAUACAGUGCACUCCUCUUAUAAGAAUCACAUACAUACUUAACGAUUUGUUUCCUAAAGCCAAUUAACUCCUAAAUGCCAAGUUAACCUGUUAGAAGUACACAAUUGUUUCUAUCCAACAUUGUUUGACCAUUAUAAGCAUUUUAUUAUGGUAAUAUGUGAUUCUGCGAAGAGAGCCCAGUAAGUAGCAGAGGAAAUUAGUAGUUGUUAAGCCCAGCUCUGGACCAGAAACACGAGAUACAUUUGAAAUGUUAGCCUAUUCCCUUUAAGGUGCACUGUUGGGACCAUGGUCAUAAAUAGGACACUAUAUACAAAAGAAGCCCCCGUUUGGGACGCCUCCACAGUAAAGUGUUCUAACAAAGAGAAAACAAAAGAGUUUAGAAGAAAUGUAUUUAUCAGUCAUAAAAUGAUCACUUAUGGCCUCUUCUAUGUUAUCAGUCUAUGUUAUCAACUUUUCUGUGAAAAACAUAAUUUCAUGUUACUGUUUAUUGCCAUGAGUAUUGUCCUAGAGGCAGAACUGAGUGGUUUUUUCUAGAUGGGCCAGCUGCGAAGUCAAAAUUGUCUAUAAUGAAAAAAUUCAUGAAAUCAAAAAUGUGCUUUUUUGGGCUUAAUUUAAGUUGAGGGUUAGGCAUUAGGGUUAGCAGUGUUGUUAAGAUUAGAGUUGAGGUUUAAAAUCUGAUUUUAUUCCAGUUAGUGACCACUCUGCAGAGCUGCCUCUAGGGCAAGACUCAUGACAGUAAAUGCCAACCUGCUAAUUUUAAUAAAAUAAAAUCACAUUUUAUUUGUUACAUGCGCUGAAUACAAAAGGUGUAGAUCUUACCGUGAAAUGCUGACUUACAAGCCCUUAACCAACAAUGCAGUUCAAGAAGUAGAGUUAAGAAAAAAAUGACAAUAUAAAUGAAAGUAAAAAAUCUAAUCAAAAGUAACACAAUAAAAUGACAUAACAAUAACAAGGCUAUAUACAGGGGGUACCGGCGCCGUCAAUGUGCAGGCCAGUUGAGGCAAUUCGUAUGUGUAGGUAGGGGUGCACCUAAUGCACCUAUUUGUUUACGUUCAGACUCCUGAGUUUGUUUUAUCAUCAUAAUCACAACACAUCUCAUUUUAAUUCAUGUUUUCAGCUACUUUUGUCUCAGAGCUAUAAUAUAAUGCCAUGUAUGAAAAACACACAUAUCAUGACGUAUUUAUUUUCUUGUUAUUCUGUACUAGAGAAUGGUGAUGGUACUAUUUUUUUAUUUUUUAUUUAACCUUUAUUUAAAUAGGCAUGUCAGUUAAGAACAAAUUCUUAUUUACAUUGACGGCCUACCCCGGCCAAACUCUAACGCGGACGAUGCUGGGUCAAUUGUGCGCCGCCCUAUGGGACUCCCAAUCACGGCCGGUUGUGAUACAGCCUGGAAUUGAACCAGGGUCUGUAGUUACUACUCUAGCACUGAGAUGCAGUGCCUUAGACCACUGCGCCUCUCGGGAGCCCCCUGACUGUGUGUUAGAGAAAGAGGAGUCUUGUAGGUAGGGUUAAGCCUGGUACAGAAACUAGAGAGGUGAGAGAGGUGAGAGAGACUGCAUUUUGGGUGUGUGCGUGUGCGCGUGCGUGCGUGUAUUGUGUGUAAAUAGUGUUGAUUUUGUAUGGUACAGGUGUGUGUGAUUGUUUUGUACACAUGAUGAAAAUCUAAAAAUGACACUUUUAUAAGAGCCUGCCAUUGGCUCAAGAUCACACUAUACAGUGCAAUAAAGUGCUUUGAUUGGUUAA